AUGAAUAAAUUCUUGAUUAAGCAACCGCGUUCUAGUGCCGGUCCAUCUAUUAGUUCACAUGUAGUUCCAGAAGUUCAAAGCGAGACAAUUCCACUUUCUCCUUCAAAUGCUGAUUGUAUUCUUGGGGUUGGAUCUCUUAAACAAGAUCCCAAAGAAAGAAAACUCAUUUUUGAAUAUGAUUCUAAUAUUCGAGAUGAUGCUAUAUUUUGUUUGUGUUGUUAUCUGUUUAAGAAUGAAUUUGAAAGUCGUGGAAAUGCGGAAAAAAAUCAUUUACACAAGAUGGUUUUAGAAGUUGGAACCAUGGUUCAGAAAGAAUUUGAUUGCAGUUGGUCUCUCCUAAGAAACGGAUUACCAUUUUGUGGUCAUGACGAGAGUGAAGAUUCUGAAUACAAAGGUCUUUUUCUUGUACUUUUGGAAUUUCAUGGGGUUAACUGUCCGAAUGUGAAAAAGGACUUACUUCGACAACACCAAGUUGACAAGAUGGAAGAAUUGCUUAAAUCUGGAGAAAUUCUUACUGGGCAAGGAUUAAAUCAAAUUUUGCUUCUUACAAAUGAAUUAAACAAAGCUUUACAAAAGAAAGAUCAAGAUAUUUUCAAUGCUAUGGGAUUGCUUAAUCUUUCAAAGAGAAAAUUGCAAACAAUGAGAGAGAGUGUUCUGGAGUCAUUGAUGGAUGAGGUUUAUUCAUUUUGUGCUAAACAUGAUAUUUUGAUUCCCAACAUGACUGAAUACUAUCCAAGGUCAAAGCAUAAGAAGUCCGAAGUUUCAUAUUUACAUCACUUUCGCGAGGAAGUAUUUUAUGCAGUCAUUAAUUUGCAACUCCAGGAGCUCAAUAAUCAUUUUGAUGUUGUGACUAGUGACUUACUCCUUGGUAUGGCUAGUUUGGAUCCUAGUGAUUCAUUUGCUAAUUUUAACAAGAGUAGAAUAAUGAAGGUUGCCGAAUACUACACAAGUUAG